AUGAUUGUUUCUAAAUGUAUUUUUUGUCGUAUUAUUUUAGGCGAAUUACCCGCCUAUAAACUGUUGGAAACUGAGAAAUCGCUUGCAUUUCUUGACAUUCAACCCCUUAGUAGAGGUCAUGCUCUUAUUAUUCCAAAGGAACAUGCAGAAAAAUUACAUGAACUUAAUGACGAUUUUUUGGCAGAUAUUUUACCGAUUGCUAAACGACUUGCUAAUGCAAUGGGUCUUGAACAAUAUAAUCUAUUACAAAAUAAUGGUUCUUUGGCUUAUCAAGCAGUUUUUCAUGUACAUUUUCACUUGAUUCCUAAGCCAUCUAGCUCUGAAGGACUUUACGUAGAGUUUAAAUCAGCUAAUUCAGUCGGCUCGGAUUUACUUGAAAGUGUUGCUCAAACAAUUCGAGAUAAAUUAAUAUGA